UGUAAUUAAAAGAAAUUAUGAUAAAAAAAAAUCCAUUUUUAAGGAAAUUUUUAGGUCUUCUUUAAACCUCUGAUAAACCCCAACAGCACUGGCUCAAAAAUCUCUCAACGCGAUUCACAAUCCAUUUCCAAACAUGAAUGAGGAAACCAACUCUAACUCUCUCCAUCAAAGGCCUGAUAACCCAAAACCUUCAUCCACAAGCUCUCAGAACUUCCCUCUCUCUACACUCUCCGCUCUUCAUAGAUCAAAUCUACUCUCAUUUCAUCAAAUCUGGCCAUUCUCUAAACCCCAUUCUCUCCACCACUCUCAUCUCCCACUUCGCCAAACAUGCUGACUUUUCACGCGCCCUUUCCUUCUUUCUCGACACCUCAAAACCUGAUACAAUCUCUUUCAACUCCCUCAUUUCUGGCUUCGCUCGGUUUGGCCGAACCGGACCCAUUUUUGAGUUGUUUAAUGAAUUGAGGCAACUGGGUUUGAAGCCUGACGUGUUCACAUUGAGUGCUUUAGUUAAAGGAUGUGAGAGGUCAGACGAAAAUGAGAUUGUUCAUGGCGUUUGUUUGAGAUUGGGGUUUGGAAAUGGGGCUUUUGUAGUUAGUGGGUUGAUUGAGAAUUAUGCGAAAAGUGGGAACUUGGUUUCAGCCGAGAAAUGUUUUAGGGAAUGUUUGGAUGUUGAUAAUGUUGUUCUUACGGCUAUGAUUUGUGGGUAUUUUUGGAAUGGGGAAUUUGUUAAGGGUAGAGAAGUUUUUGUGGAAAUGAGGGAUUUGGGGUUUGAAUUGAAUGAAUUUAGCUUGACUGGUUUGAUCAGUGGAUUGUUUGAUGUAAAAGAAGGGCAACAGAUACAUGGGAUUGGCUUAAAGAUGGGAUUUUUAUGUGGUGGUUCAAUUCAUUUUAACAAUGCUAUUAUGAGCAUGUAUUCUAGGUGUGGAAUUAAAGUGGAAGCUGCUAAGAUGUUUGAUGAAAUUACUGAUCCAGAUAUUGUCUCAUGGACUGAAAGGAUAGGAGCUGCUUUUGAUGGUUUGGAGGCUUUUGGGUUGUUUAAAAGUUUAUGCCGGAAAGGUUUGGGUGUGAAUGAAUAUACAAUGAUCAAUGUUUUAUCUGCUGUUGCAGGAGAGGGGAUAAUAUGUUUAGGGUGCCAAAUCCAAGCAGUUUGUCAAAAGGAAGGACUUUUGAAAGUGGUUUUUGUUGGCAAUGCAUUGAUUUCUAUGUAUGGUAAGUGCGGGAAAAUGAAUGAUGCAAGGUGCAUUUUUGAUGAUAUGGCUUUUCAGGAUUCUGUUUCUUGGAAUUCACUGAUUGCUGGAUAUUCGGACAAUGGAUUUGUUAGUCUUGCUCUUAAGAUGUUCUGUAAUAUGCGUGCUUUUAAUGUAGAAGUGAAUUGUUAUACAAUUGCUAGCAUUCUUGAAGCGGUAUAUGACUCAAAUUCUUUGCACCUUGCAAUGCAGAUACAUUCACAUAUGGUUAAAUGUGGAUUCAUGUUGGAUGAUUAUGUGGUGUCUUGCUUGAUAACAACAUAUGGGAGUUGUGGCAGCAGUGAUGAAUCAAGAAGGGUAUUUUCUGACAUUGAUAAGAUAAGUGUCAUGCAUCUUAAUGCAAUGUUGAGUUCUUUGGUCAAUGCUGAUUUUCAUGCUGAUAGUGUAGAUUUCUUCCGAAACGCAGUGGCUUCAAGCCUUGAACUAGACAGCAAAACUUUUAACAUCAUUCUUAAAACUUGCAGUGCUACGACAGAUCUGGAACAGGGAAGAGGGAUUCACUCCCUGGCUCUUAAAUCUGGAUUCAAUUACAAUUGCUUUGUUGAGACUGCUGUUAUUGACCUUUACUGCAAGUGUGGAAGCAUAGGUGAUGCGGAGAAGGCCUUUAGAUAUGCAUCUUCAGACAACUUGGCUGCUUGGAAUGCAAUGAUAACAGGAUAUGCUCAACAUGGUUGCUAUAAUGAGGCUUUUGAACUUUAUGAUAGAAUGACUGAAUGUAGAAUUGAACCAGAUGAGAUAACUUAUCUUGGACUUCUUACUUCAUGCUGCCAUGCAGGGCUAGUGCAAGAAGCACGUACUUACAUGAACUCUAUGGUUGAAUGUCAUGGUUUAAUCCCACAUUUAGAACAUUACGCUUGCAUGAUUGAUCUGCUUGGCCGAGCAGGACUCCUCGAAGAUGCCUGGAGGACCAUAGAUCAAAUGCCUAUCGAACCAGAUGCUCGUAUAUGGCAGAUUCUGCUAUCUGCUUGCAGCAUCCAUGGAAAGGUUGAAAUGGGAAGAGUUGCAGCCAGCAAACUUCUGGAAGUGCAGCCUGAUAAUGAAUCUGCCUAUAUUCUUCUUUCAAAUCUCUGUGCUUCAGCUGGAAUGUGGAACGCUGUCAGAAAAGUGAGAAGAGAAAUGAAGGAAAAACUACUCUGCAAGGAACCUGGUUCUAGUUGGAUUCAAGUAAGAGGAUCCAUGCAUUACUUUUUUGCUGAUGACCUGUUGCACCCUGAGCAUAGAGAAAUAUUUUUGGAGCUGAAAAAGUUGUAUGAACAUAUACGAGCUUCAAAGAUAAUGGAACAUGAUGGCACUUUUUUCUGGGAUUUAUGACCAUUGAAGAGGAUUCAUGAUCAUUUCUUUUGCAACCGAGAAUAUAGGUGCACUUGUUCUGUGCCUUCUAUUUCCUGCUCUACAUAAGCUCCAAUGCUCAUUCUCCAAUCAGAGGCUGGUUUAUGAAAUUUGUACACUUUAUUCAAUUUGACUUAAGCAUGCUAUUUGAACCAUGGAAGACAAAAUAAGUGGUUCCAGUAAAUGAGCAAACAACUGAGUUAAAGCUUUUAUGCUGUUCUCUGUUUUCUCUGCUCAUUUGUGGGGAAGGUCUUUUCUUUUAAUACGUUGCCUGCUGAAGGAGCAGGCUGUUGUCAAUCGCAUUGUUGUGGAGGUAUGGGCAAAAAUUUUGACUUGGUUUAAUACCAGGUUUUGCUCUUAAGAGAAUCAAGAUUGUUCUUUUUGGGAAAUGAGGUAUGUUUUCCUACAGAAAUGAUGGCGAUUUGGACUGGCUUUAGAUAGCACAGAGACAAUGGAGUGAAAAGCAUUUGCUGCUAUUCUUGACUUUAUCUGGCCCCUCUUUGGGAUAGGUCUUGUGCCCCUGGGGCUCCUGCCAACUGCACUGGCUUGAACAUCUCCCACCUUGUUGUUCAUGAUGCUUACCGGGGUUUCUUUACCUUCUUUAAGCGGCUCCUACUUUAGAAGUUUGAUGAAUGAGGAUUGCCGAUGCCUGCUUGACUUGCUGUGGUUGCUAGUUUAUAUAGCACUGCUAUAACUCAUCGCAAUACCAGGGGUGAGGAUUUGAUUAAUAUGGAAGAGGGAAGAAGUUUAGAAGUAGACUUUUGCAGAUUGUUGGGAAUUGGGUGACAUGCCAGCCAAUUUGUCAGGCUGUAAAAGAUUCCUUGCGGCUCAACUUGAGACAGGAUUAAUUCAUGAUAUGAUUUGGUGACUGGCCGAAUUAGUUAUUGCAUCAGUUUAAUAUGCAUGAUGAUUUUGAACCUGUCUGAUCAACACGUGUGGGUUUCAAAAAUAUCUAGGUGCUCUGCUAUGAAUCUUGGUGCUGGUUUUUGGUAUUUUUUAGUGGAUAAGUAGAGCGCAUAUGGGGGAAAUGUUGAAUUAAUAUAGAGUUAUGUUUCAAUGUUCUGUUUCUAAUUCAUCAUUUUGGCUGACAGAUUUGUUUAUUUAAAUGCAAUUUACCCAGGUUUUAUGAAGCAUGGAUCUGUAUGGGUGUAUAUUAAAUGGUUGUCCAUGUUUCCAGGGAGGCCUUUGUAAUGUCAUAUUGUUGUGCAAUAGCCUACAGGUCAAGCCGCCUUGUUAUAAUAUGUCUACUUGAUUCUGCAUCACAUGGUCAAGCAGUUGAUUCUGCCGGCAGAAUAUCAUAUGCUGUGUGUGAGAGAGAGAAUGACGAACGUGAUGUUCUUAUUGGUUAUUCAUACAUCUUCAUCCGUUUCUCUUCAUUUCUUUGUUUGUGAAUUACUACUACCUUAAUGCAUGAAGCAGGAUAAAUAUGUUAAAGCUGUCAAUUUCUCAGAUCUAUCCUUUCGACAAUUUGAUAAUUUCCAAGAGACUAAUCUUCAUUAUCGUAAAGCUUCAAAACUGAGUUCUGCUUUUGUAAAGCCUUAACCAGCCUUUUUUUUAAUCAUAUGAAAGCCUCUGACCGAUAUUAGUAUCUUGUAUCAAUUUCACUGAUUUAAGAAGCCUGGUUUGUCCCGUCCUGUUGAUAUUGAAAACCUUGUCUCAGUCUCUCUUAAAACCAUGUGCAGCUGAAUCAAUUUACGCAGACAAUUUUGAGUUUCUUUCAUCCGUAGCCCUCAAUGCAAUCGUUCAGCAAUCUUAGCUUUGAAAAGUGUGGUCAUCCCCAUCCAUACUCUAUACUCAUAUAAAAUUAUUAGCUCAAUAAUUCUGAUUUACGCACCCUGAAGAUAACACAAUUCCAAUGUUCUUCGACAGAAUUGGUAUACUAGAUUCCAUUAAUAAAAUAAACGAAGAAAACACCCUUGUUUAAGUCUAUAGGCUCUAGGGUAAAGCUCUACAAUACAACA